AUGGCUCUCGCGACUUGCUGCCUCAAAUCAUUCGCCUGGGAAGACACGCCCACAGGCCAAACUUCCACUCUAGGCCCCCUCAACACGUACAUUGCCGGCACAAACACUGAGCGCGCCAUCCUCUUCGUCCACGACGCCUUAGGCUGGACAUUUCCCAACGCGCGCCUGCUGGCCGACCAUUAUGCCCGCGAAGUCGACGCCACUGUGUAUCUGCCGGACUUCUUCGGCGGCGAAACCCUGCCCUUCGAACCUAUCCUAGCGGGCCGCUUCCACGAGGUCGAUUUCACCGGUUUCCUGGAGAGGAACGCCCGGCCCAUCCGCGAACCUGAGAUCUUCGACGCCGCGCGUGCGUUGAGGCAACAAUACAAGAAAGUCGGCGCCAUAGGGUUCUGCUACGGCGGGUGGGCUUGUCUCCGCCUUGGUUCCAAGGACCAUGACCCCGCGCUUGUUGAUGCCGUCAGCAUCGGCCAUCCUAGUCUCUUGACCAAGGAAGAUAUCGACGAGGCUGCGGUCCCUGUGCAGAUGCUCGCACCCGAGCAUGAUGUCCCGUAUCCACACGACAUGAAGGUUCAUACGUUCGAGGCUGUGAUGAAGAACGGGCUCCCCUUGGAUUACGUCCAUUUCCCGGGCGUGGAGCACGGCUCUCUUGUGCGUGGGGAUGCGAGGGUCAAGGGCGAGAGGGAGGCAAUGGCCAGGGCGAAGGAUGCUGCUGUGAAUUGGUUCAGGCAGUGGCUAUACGAGUGA